AUGAAAUUCAUCCUCCCACUCUCGUUAUCCUUCAUGGGCCUCGGCCUUUCUCUUGCACAUACUUUCAUAGAGUCUCAUAUCGAAAUCCUUACAACCACCCACCUCGAGCAAUCCUCCAUUAUAUCAACAUUAUCUCUUCUCCCAACAUUCCAAAAUAUCGCUCUACUAGCCACCCUUCCGGCACUAGGCAUCUAUACACCAGCUCUGAUCGGUAUUGGCAUCAUGUCAAGCAAUGUACAGGCAAUCUCCUUUGACUCAGCUGGUGGUCUGAGUUCUGACCCACAUUGGAGGCCAAGCUCAAUCGAUAAGCGACGAGCACAUCCUAGAGAUAUUUCUGCUGUAGCCUCCGGCAUUGAACACAAAAACUCCUACCAUGUGGCUGGAGUUUUGAUCAAGAAAUUUGGAGACCUUAUCAGACACUUAAAUGGACAGCAUGCCGAGUUCGAGAGCUCAGGCCAUCUUCCGAAGUUUGCCGCGUUGGAUAGAGACAAUGCAGAUAAAGGUGAAUCAACAAAUAUCGACCCACAUGAAUCAUCCACAGACUCGAGUGAACAACACCAUGUUGCAAAACCAGAUCUCAAGAUUCGGCGCAAUGGCAAUAUGCCUCAGUCUAAAGGUUUGUGUGGAAGUUAUUUUGACGCUUUAAACACGCCCGAUACUGAUGAGUGUUUUUCCGAUGUAAACUCCGGACCACUCGCUUCUAGAAGCCGCUGGCAAGAUUUUAUACAUCUCUGCUGGGGUCUAGGGUCGCAUUAUAACCCGCAUGAAAAUAGGUGUGACGCUGACUGA